AUGUCUUCCUCUGCCCUCCUCCACCGCCCUCAGCGCCGCCGCAUCUCCUCCCCUUCAACCACCACCACCCCCACCACUCUCACCUCCGCCGAAAGAGUCAUCAACAACGACGAUCUUCUCAAACAGAUCUUAAUUCGACUUCCCGCCAAGCCUCUCUUCGCUUUCAAGCGUGUUUCAAAGAGAUGGCUUUCUCUCAUCUCCGAUCGCUACGUCCUUCGAGACUGGCUUCCCCCAAUUUCUCCUUCCUCCUUCUUCCUCAGACGCUACUCCACUCCCUCAUCUCACUCUAUCAGUUUCAAUCACAUUUCGUUGCUUCCUUCCAAUUCUACUCGAUCCUUCGAUUUCGUUAAUGACCCCAACGGGGUCAAGAUUUCCCAGUCCUGUAAUGGGUUGUUCCUCUGUUCUUCAUCCUGCUUCACUUUAGAUUACAGUGACACUCGUUACUACGUCCUCAACCCCACCACCAAAUACUUCUCCACCAUCCCUAGGCCCACCAAUGGGGAUGACAGAAACUUUUUAGUUUCAAUGAAUUUAGCUUUUGAUCCUUCUGUUUCAUUUCACUACAAGGUAGUUGCUGUCCGUUCCAAAAGAUGGCGCGGCCCUGAUUUUCAAAUCGCCAUAUAUUCCUCCCAAACCCAAACAUGGACGUUUUCCGAGGUGUCAUAUGCUUACUCAACGCUUAUAGUAUUUGAAAAUGGAGUCUUUCUUAACGGUAAGAUUCAUUGGCCUACUUGUCACUCACAAAGAUCAAUCUAUUAUGAUGUUAAUGAAGAUAAACUGCUCCCGUUUCGAAUGCCUCAUUGUGAUCUCACAAAGGACCUACUGUAUUUUGCGGAGUCUGGAGGUUGUCUACAGUUAAUUGAGUUUACUAAAAAUUGCUCUCGUCAUUUUCAUGUGUUCGAGUUGGAGACCGACUAUUCCAAAUGGUUUGUCAGGUACCAUAUUGACCUAAAAUUGGCUGUGCCGGAUUUUCCAGAGAUGUAUCGUGAGCAGGCUGGUUGGCCGUCUAGGGGUUAUACAUUCAAUGUGCUUUGCUUCCUUGCUGGAGACCUUGAAGGUGAUUCGUGUUUGGUCUUGUACGUACCUGGCAAAGUCAUAUCCUACAACUUCAAGGACGAGACUUUUAGGAAGAUUUGCGAUUUGAAUCUGAGCCUUGGUGAUAUUGACUAUGUACGAGUUCGCCCGUGGUUUACAGUCCAUCCAUGCAUCGAGACCAUAUUUCGUGUUUGA